AUGUGUGAAGGCUGUGGAGGAGUUCAUGCUUUUGCUAGGGGUGUUCACAGUGGGAGAUGCUAUUCCUUGGUUGAGAUGGCCAAGAAAGAAACUGCCACGGAAUUGGAUAGUAUUGGAGGUGAGUGGUUAGAUGAACAUAGACGAAACAAGGCUUCAAGUGAAAAGGUUGAUGGAGUUCAUCAAGAUUUCAUGUACGUGAUGAUUUCAUUGCUUGAUGGAAACACAAUUGAUGGGAUAGAUGCAGAUACCUUGAUCAAAUCCACUGUACUGUGA